CGCUCUAUCUGACUGUCUGAACACGCUGAGUUAACGCCUGGUCCAGCUCACUAUGUCGAUCAACAGAUUUUUGGCCUCGUUUACUCGAAUCCCGAAGGAGUUGUUUCGUCUGAACAAUGGCCCAGCUGUCCGUCUCCGUGCCAUGGAAGGUCCCCUUCGACCGCAGCGCAGCUUCGACCUCCUAACGGAAAAGGGCAAGGUUAAGCCGAAGGCCCUUGAUCCGCCUACAUACGAAUGGCCCAACGGUGCCUCCAUGCGCCCAAAUUCCCCAGCACAGCAGAACCUCGUCCGCACAUUCAGGGGAUCAACAAUAUAUGUCUACGCUGUCCCUACAGGAACUGAACUUCCGGAAGAUCUCAUUCUGGUCCAUGAGUUUGGGGAUCAUUAUUCACUGCAGGCAAGGAAGGAGAUGUCAAUAGAUGAACUGAACGCCAAGAUUACCGACUUCCUUGACAAAAAGGCACAAUGUUUCACGAAGGAAGAAUGGCUGCAGCGAUAUCCCGCAGCGACCGAGUCCGCAUGA